AUGGAGACUGAAAAUGAUACAACAGUGACAGAGUUCAUUAUUUUGGGACUAACAGAUAAUCCUACACUAUGUGCCAUUUUCUUUGUGGUUUUUCUAGCAGUUUAUAUUGUUACCAUAGUGGGAAAUAUUAGCAUAAUCCUCUUAAUCCGCAGCAGCCCACAGCUUCAUACCCCAAUGUACCUUUUUCUUAGCCAUUUGGCCUUUGUGGAUAUUGGCUAUUCCACAUCAGUUACACCAGUUAUGCUCAUCAGUUUCUUAAGAGAAAAAACGACUAUCCCAGUCACUGGUUGUAUAGCCCAGCUUGCUUCUGAUGUCACCUUUGGAACUACAGAGUGCUUCCUGCUGGCCACUAUGGCCUACGAUCGCUACGUGGCCAUCUGCUCUCCCCUGCUGUACUCCACCCACAUGUCCUCCAGAGUCUGCUUCCUCCUACUGGGUGCUUCCUACCUGGGUGGAUGCAUGAACGCCUCUUCCUUUACAGGCUGUUUGAUGAACCUUUCCUUCUGCGGCCCAAAUAAAAUCAAUCAUUUUUUUUGUGAUCUCUUCCCACUCUUGAAACUUUCUUGUGGUCAUAUUUACAUUGCUGAAAUAUCUCCUGCCAUCUCUUCCGCGUCAGUCCUUAUCAGCACACUGUUCACCAUAAUCGUGUCCUACAUCUACAUCCUCCACUCCAUCAUGAGGAUGCGGUCGACUGAGGGAAGGAACAAGGCCUUCUCCACCUGUACUUCCCACCUCACUGCGGUCACUUUGUUUUAUGGGACAGUUUUGUUUGUUUAUGUGAUGCCUAAGUCAAGCUAUUCAGCUGAUCAGGUCAAAGUAGCAUCUGUGAUCUAUACAGUGGUUGUCCCCAUGUUGAACCCUCUCAUCUACAGUCUCCGGAACAAGGAGGUAAAAGCAGCCAUGAGAAAACUGAUGGUGAGAACACACUGGCUUUCCUGA